AUGUAUGUGAAAUGGUUUGAUACAGUAAUGUUAUACUAUGUGAUUUUAGUGAUUGUAGGGAAUGUCACUUUUUGUAAUUUUUUAAUUUCCCACCGUUCCGUCCCCGUACGUCCUGACGCUCACAGGGGACGGAACCCAGAUGACAGAUGCUGCCAUCCGCCGGAUUACAUUGCUGGGGACACUGCAGGAGGGACAUCGCGGGACCGCAGGACAAGGUAAGUGAUCGAGGGAUCGUUGAGCAGCGCCGGUAGCCAGUAGCUCGGGGUUACCGCUUGUGCUACACUCGGGAAUACCGCCAGGGAGGUUAAACUA